CCAAGCGCGUUCCCGUACGCCAGGCCGGUCCUAUCCUAUGGGGAUGGGACUAGCGGAGGAAGAGAGAGGAGAGGCCUGAGCAGUCCAGGCUGGAGAGCUGGGAGUGAGAUCACUCGCUGGUGGGAGAAGAGUAGGCGAUCCGCCCUGACAGUGAGGGCGGAGGACAGGCCCUGGCCGGUGCACACAGCAGGGUGCAUGUACCGUGGAGGAUAGCCGCUGUAUGACACUGGCACUAGGAUGGCGGAGAGAGGGGGAUGUGCGCUCCUGGAGUCUCUGCCGGUGGAGAUACGGGAGAGCCUGGCGGAGCUGGAGCUGGAGCUGUCUGAAGGAGACAUAACCCAGAAAGGUUAUGAGAAGAAGAGAGCUAAACUGCUGGCUCGCUACAUUCCACUCAUUCAAGGUGUAGACCCUUCACUACAAACAGACGGCAAACUUCUGGGCACAUCUCAAAUUACUACCACCGCAAACAAACAGCAGAGAUCCCGGUCUACCAGCUCAAGGGAUGAACGAUUUCGAUCUGACGUUCACACAGAAGCCGUGCAAGCAGCUUUGGCUAAAUACAAGGAGAGAAAAAUGCCGAUGCCUUCUAAACGUCGCUCUACUCUUGUCCAGCCUUCAGUAGAGACCUACACGCCUCCAGACACCUCGUCAGCUUCGGAGGAUGAGGGCUCAUUGCUUCGUCAGGGACGCAUCACAUCCACCCCGCUUCAAGGUCAUUCGAACGUAGAGCCCUGGAUUAGCAGAGUAACCCAGGGCUCCUCCACCUCAUCCUCAGCAUCCUCCACCUCAUCACACCCAGGAGCCAAGCCUGCUGCCUCCAACAGCUGCCCUGUCAUCGCAGCUGCCACCAUGCUGGCAGACCUCAUGGCACAUGCCCAGAUAGAGAGUGUAUCUGCACCACCUGACGUGACUACUGGACUCCUAGGAAACUCUCAUCAUGAGCGUCCACAGGUGGCAUCUGUGCGUGGAGUGCCACGGGGGUUCAACAGCAGCAUUUUAGAAACAGCAGAUGGUGUGCCAGUAAACAGCAGAGUCUCUUCAAAAAUCCAGCAGCUUCUCAAUACCUUAAAAAGGCCAAAGCGUCCUCCACUAAGAGAGUUCUUUGUGGAUGAUUUUGAGGAGCUCCUGGAGGUUCAACAGCCGGAUCCCAACCAGCCAAAACCCGAAGGAACAGAAAUGGCACUUCUCAAAGGAGAACCUCUGGGAGUUGUGUCUAACUGGCCUCCUUCAUUGCUAACAGCGCUUCACCGCUGGGGGACUACACAACCGAAAGCCCCAUGUCUUACCUCUUUGGACACUACUGGCAAAGCAAUGUAUUCACUUACAUACGGUAAAUUGUGGAGCCGGAGUGUUAAACUAGCAUAUACUCUAUUAAAUAAGCUGACCAGCAAAAAUGAGUCUCUCCUUAAGCCGGGAGACAGGGUGGCACUUGUGUUUCCCAAUAAUGACCCUGUGAUGUUCAUGGUAGCAUUUUAUGGCUGUCUUCUUUCAGACCUUAUUCCUGUGCCCAUCGAAGUGCCACUGACUAGGAAGGAUGCAGGUAGUCAGCAGAUCGGCUUCCUCCUGGGUAGUUGUGGAAUCUCAUUAGCUCUUACAACAGACGCUUGUCAGAAGGGACUACCUAAAGCCCAGACCGGCGAAGUGGUGACUUUUAAAGGUUGGCCUCGUCUGGCAUGGUUUGUUAUUGAUGGAAAGCAUUUAAUGAAGCCUCCCAAAGAUUGGCAUCCACAUAUCAGAGAUGCCAACAAUGAUCCCGCUUAUAUUGAGUACAAGACCAGCAAGGAAGGCAGCACUAUGGGGGUCACAGUGUCUCAGUCAGCCAUGUUGGCACACUGUCAUUCUCUAACACAAGCCUGUGGCUACUCGGAAGCUGAAACAUUGAUUAAUGUCUUGGACUUCAAGAGGGAUGCUGGUCUAUGGCAUGCAGUGCUCACCAGUGUGAUGAAUCGCAUGCAUGUAGUCAGCAUACCAUAUGCUUUGAUGAAAGUGAAUCCACUCUCCUGGAUUCAAAAAGUUAAUGCCUACAAAGCCCGUGUUGCACUAGUGAAGUCCAGAGACAUGCACUGGUCUCUUCUGGCACAGAGAGAUCAGCGGGACGUCAGCCUAGGCUCCCUGAGAAUGCUGAUUGUAGCUGAUGGAGCCAAUCCAUGGUCUAUAUCAUCUUGUGAUGCCUUCCUUAACGUCUUCCAGUCGCGAGGUCUGAGGCCAGAAGUGAUCUGUCCUUGUGCCAGUUCAUCUGAGGCUCUCACAGUGUCCAUGCGCAGACCGCCAGAUCUAGGUGGAGUUCCUCCUGGAAAGGUAGUUCUGUCAAUGAACGGGUUAAGUUAUGGUGUCAUUCGAGCAGACACGGAGGAGAAAUUGUCGGUUCUUACUGUGCAAGAUGUGGGACAAGUAAUGCCUGGGGCCACCAUGUGUGUGGUAAAAGUGGAGGGAGCACCAUAUCUAUGUAAGACGGAUGAAGUUGGAGAGCUGUGUGUCUCCUCAAACUCCACAGGCACUGCGUACUAUGGUCUUCAUGGAAUUACCAAGAAUAUCUUUGAGACUAUGCCACUUACUGCCAAUGGAGAUCCCGUUUCUAGCCAGCCAUUUCUUAGAACUGGGCUUCUAGGCUUCAUUGGGCCAGAGCGUUUGGUAUUUGUUGUUGGGAAGGUGGAUGGUCAGAUGGUCGUAAGUGGACGCAGGCACAGCUGCGAUGAUGUAGUAGCAACAGCCCUCGCUGUAGAGCCAAUGAAGUUUGUUUACAGAGGCAGGAUAGCCGUAUUUUCAGUAAACGUGCUGCAUGACGAGAGGAUUGUACUGGUAGCUGAGCAGCGCCCAGACUCUUCAGAAGAGGACAGCUUCCAGUGGAUGAGUAGAAUACUGCAGGCAAUAGACAGCAUUCACCAAGUUGGUGUGUACUGCCUGGCACUUGUACCUGCAAACACUCUUCCCAAAGCACCUCUAGGUGGGAUUCACAUCUCUGAAACAAAGCAACACUUUUUAGAGGGUUCUCUGCAUCCAUGCAAUGUUCUCAUGUGCCCGCACACGUGCGUCACUAAUCUGCCAAAACCUCGACAGAAACAGCCAGAUGUGGGUCCCGCUUCCAUGAUUGUGGGAAACCUAGUGGCUGGAAAAAGAAUUGCACAGGCUUGUGGAAGGGAUGUCUCACAGCUAGAAGACAAUGACCAGGCAAAGAAGUUCUUGUACCUGGCUGAUGUUUUACAGUGGAGGGCACAAACCACUCCCGAUCAUCUUCUGCUUCUCCUGCUUAAUUCCAAGGGUGCUGUGGUCAGCUCUGCAUCCUGUUUGCAGUUGCACAAGAGAGCAGAACGUGUUGCUGCUGGGCUACUAGAGAAAGCUCGUCUCAAUGUUGGGGAUCAUGUAGCCCUUGUAUUUCCUCCAGGCAUUGACCUUAUUGCCACAUUUUUUGGUUGCCUUUAUGCUGGUUGUAUUCCCAUCACCGUGCGUCCUCCACACCCGCAAAACCUUGCUACCACUUUGCCUACUGUGAAGAUGAUUGUAGAGGUUAGCAAGUCCUCUUGUAUCCUCACAACUCAAGCAAUAAUGCGUUUGCUUAAAUCAAAAGAAGCUGCUGCUGCUGUAGACAUCAAGACCUGGCCAACCAUUUUGGACACUGAAGACAUGCCCAAGAAGAAAAUAGCUCGUGUUUUCAGGCCAACGUCACCAGAUACCCUGGCUUAUUUGGAUUUCAGUGUGUCUACCACAGGGAUCUUAGCUGGAGUGAAGAUGUCUCAUUCAGCCUGCAGUGCCUUAUGUCGAUCCAUAAAACUGCAAUGCGAGUUGUACCCAUCUCGGCAGAUUGCUAUCUGUUUAGACCCAUACUGUGGCUUGGGCUUUGCCCUUUGGUGCUUGUGCAGUGUUUACUCUGGGCAUCAAUCUAUCCUAGUUCCCCCUCUCGAGCUGGAGACUAAUGCAUCCUUGUGGCUCAGUGCAGUUAGUCAGUACAAAGUACGUGUCACUUUCUGCUCUUACUCGGUCAUGGAGAUGUGUACCAGAGGCUUGGGCACACAAACUGGCACCCUUAAGUCCCGGGGUGUGAACCUGUCCUGUGUGCGCACAUGUAUGGUGGUAGCAGAAGAAAGGCCACGGAUCUCACUCACGCAGUCCUUCUCUAAGCUGUUCAAAGACCUGGGACUGUCCACCCGAGCGGUGAGCACCACAUUCGGCUGUCGAGUCAACGUGGCCAUUUGUUUGCAGCCCAACAGACUGGGCAAGCUUGCUGAUCAGGGUACUGCAGGUCCUGACCCAACCACUGUCUAUGUAGACAUGCGAGCGCUGCGCCAUGACAGAGUGCGACUAGUGGAGAGGGGUUCACCACAUAGUCUGCCCCUAAUGGAAUCUGGAAAGAUUCUUCCCGGUGUGAAAGUCAUUAUUGCACACACAGAAACCAAAGGACCCCUUGGAGACUCUCAUUUAGGAGAGGUUUGGGUGAGCAGUCCACACAAUGCUAAUGGGUAUUAUACUGUGUAUGGAGAAGAGGCCCUGCAUGCGGAUCACUUCAAUGCAAGACUCAGCUUUGGUGACACACAGACCAUUUGGGCACGGACAGGAUACCUUGGCUUUCUACGUAGAACUGAGCUAACUGAUGCCAGUGGAGAGCGACAUGAUGCUCUGUAUGUGGUGGGCUCCCUUGAUGAAACCUUGGAAUUACGAGGAAUGAGAUACCAUCCCAUUGAUAUAGAGACGUCUGUGAUUCGAUCUCACAAGAAUAUUGCUGAAUGUGCUGUUUUCACGUGGACAAACCUUCUAGUAGUUGUUUUAGAGUUGGAUGGACCGGAGCAGGAGGCCCUUGACCUAGUGGCUCUAGUGACAAAUGUAGUUUUGGAGGAGCACUAUCUGAUUGUUGGUGUUGUCGUCAUUGUGGACCCAGGUGUAAUUCCCAUCAACUCACGAGGAGAAAAGCAGCGUAUGCACCUACGUGAUGGAUUCCUUGCUGAUCAGCUUGAUCCCAUAUAUGUAGCAUACAACAUGUGAAACAAGAAAAAGCUGCUUCCUGCCUUAUCCAACCAUGUGCUGGGAAUGAAACAUAGCUGAGCAGAGGAGACUUCAUACUACUUCCAUUCAUCAAGGUGCUGGAUUGCUGCUGUUUUCCUUCUCAGGCGAUUUGUCUUCCCACCACCUAGGUGUGCUCCUAGUCACAGAUGGAGGCAAACCCUCUUGAUGCCACGAAUGUUCAGAACAGAAUGUAACUAAUGAACUUUUACCUCUUACUGUGGCACUGGAUGUAGCUUCCUGAACCCCAACCUUCCAAUGCUGUGUUUCCUGUGCAGCGUACGUCCUGCCUUGUGUUGUGUCGCCUUACAGAGCCCAAAUCCAUGCAAUAAUGUGAAUCUUUGGAUCUCCUAAUUCUGAGCACAUAGAUUUUAUUUUAUUUUAUCUAGUGGCCCCCUGAGCCAAGAUGGAUUUUUCCAAAGUGUGAAUGUUCACCAGCCCUUUAUGAGCUGCUACUUCACUUCUCAUCACUGAACUGAAUGUAAUUAUGUACAGAGACUGUAUAAUUUAUUACGUGCAUCAACCUAAAGGACAUCCUACUUGGUUCUGAACAAAAGGGACAGGACCACUUCAAUUUUAACACUGUAGUUUUUAUAGCAAAAAAAAAAUGUGAAAAAAAAAAAACCUCCAUUAAGCACUACAGAGCCUGACAGUUACCUGUGAUAUUACAAAAAUGAUAAAAAGCACAUUAAACAUUUUAAAAAUGUCCUUAGUGAUGGGCACUGUCUUCAAA